AUUAGCCUUGCGGUCCAGAUUUACGUUCGCGCAAUAAAAAUUUUGUUUUAACGAUAAUUUUUUAUACGUUAGGACUGUUAGCCUGAUAGUCAAUAUUUAUCUAUAAUCAAAUAAUUAAUGUGCUUACUUAAAGUAAAAAUUCUAAUUAAUUAUUGAUUGAUUAUCCGGGUAUUUCUCGAUGGCGGCUCGUCCUCCUGAUCCGAUAUACAGCCUCCGCGGAUCUGUUUGUGAUUUGACCAGCAUUGCCUUUCUUAACCCAAGCGAUAGGGAAAGCCAACUGGUCGCUUCAGGCGCUUCAGACGGGCAAGUGACGAUAUGGAGUCUGACGUCGCGACGUCCCGUAUGUGGGAUAUCAGCACACGAGAAAUCGGUGCUUGCCGUCGAGUUUGUCGCUCGAAACAAAGUUAUAUCGCAGGGUAGAGAUGGUUACAUUAAAAUUUGGCAGUUGGACGGGACGGAUGGCGGCUGUAGGGAAACUUCACGAAUGUUGAAUGAAAUACACGUUGCCGCUAUUGGAUUUUGUCGCUUUCAUUACCUAAAAAUAUCCGGAUUAGCAGAUUAUGCUGGUCGUCAAGCUUUAUUGGCGUUUGCCGGCGAAAAUAAAAGUCUCAUCAAUGUGGUUGCUAUGGCAACAGAUACAUUUUGUGUUUCAUCUCCGGUCGCUGAGUUGACGACCGAAAAUGCGGGGAAUAUUGGAAUGUGUAUGGCGGUUUGUCUCAUCAGACUACACGGUCGUUUGUUUGUAGUCGGAGGUUUCGAGUGUGGAGAAAUUUUAGUUUGGGAUCUCGACGCCAAGGAUUUGACGAGUCGUGUUAAGCUUCACCAGGAGCCGCUCACUUGCUUCUGUCUGGACUCGACGUGCACGAGAGGAAUGUCCGGAGCCGCAGAAACAACAUGCCAAAUAUUUGAAUUCAAACUAAAUGAAUCCAAAUUGAUAUCAAAUUGUGUUCAAUCGGUCAAGUUGCCUGUUACGUCGAAAGCUGUUUCGGACAUUGCGAUUCGAUCGGAUGACAAGAUUGUUGCGGUCGGGUGUUGGGAUGGAACGAUUCGUGUAUUUGGCUGGAAAAAAGUGAAGCUGCUUGCUGUACUGAUGUAUCACUCACAGGGAAUCAGCUCUGUGAGUUUCAGCAAGAGUUGUGUGUCUGAACAAGCAAUGCUGUUGGCUGCUGCAUCAAGAGACAAACGAAUUAGCAUUUGGUCGCUUUAUAAUUAGCAAGUCGGAGAGAGAAGUGAUGAUUUACUUUAUUACAGAGUGACUGAAAUAGAUUAAGUUGAUGGUUUGAUAUCAAUGAUGAUCAAGCUAUAACAUAAAUUAUGAAUAAGGUGAGAUCAUAUAGUCGGUGUACAUUGUUGAUGUUUCACUCGCUCAAACAGUUGCCAUGAGUUGUGUGUG